AUGGCUAUGUUCUUGUACGCCUUAGUCGCGGUUGCUUGCCAGCUGGUUCCCUCCGUGUUGGCCGCAACGCUGCGAGUCCAAAUUCCCAGCUCCAGUCUCCUACCCAACCCCAAUACUCUUCCGGCUUCGACCCAUGCCACGUUAACCUCUGGCUAUGGUCCCCCGAUCAAGGCGGUUCUCCGGCGAGGAAACUACUUCGAAUUCCCCGACGUCACCACUGUCGGAUCGCACCUCCUGGACAUCUACACUCGCGACUAUGUGUUCGCGCCCUACCGCAUUGACGUUUCGCCAUCUCCCGACUCGGCCGGGACGGUGAUUACAGGAGCUUGGGAGAUAUACCGAGGAACUCGAUGGACUGAUCGAGGGGUGGCAUUCGUCACGGCGCCGACGGACAAGCUGGAUCUGUCGGCAAAGGUUCUCGCCAAAAAGGACUUCUAUGAGCAGCGCCAGGGAUUCAACCCGUUGACCUUGCUCAAGAGUCCGAUGAUCUUGCUUGGAAUAGUUGCUCUGGUCUUUACAGUCGGCAUGCCCAAGUUAAUGGAGAACUUGGAUCCGGAAACACGAGCCGAGUAUGAAGAGAUGCAGAAGAAUAGCCCCAUGGGUGGCCUCACACGCGCAAUGCAGGGUGGUGGUACAGGAGGCCCGGCUGAAAAUUUCGAUCUUGCUGGAUUCUUGGCCGGCAGCAGCAAAAGCUCGGGGACCGACAAGCCUUCUGAGGGUAUUCGGGAAAGAAAGCGAUGA